AUGACAUUGUCCUUAGUCGAUCGGUCCAUUAAAUACCCUAGGGGUAUAGUUGAGAAUUUGUUGGUCAAAGUAGACAAAUUUGUGUUUCCCGCCGAUUUCGUAAUUCUUGAUAUGGAAGCGGAUGAGAGAGUCUCCAUUAUACUAGGUCGUCCAUUCUUGUGUACCGCUAAAGCUCUCAUAGAUGUUUACGAUGGUAAGAUCACCCUUAGGGUCGGUGAGGAGAGAGUUACAUUUGAGAUAGAGCGUUCCAUGAACCACCCGAGUGGUUCGGAUGACUAUAGUGGUCCUUGUCAUUCCGUCUACUUCUUGAAUUCGUUUAUCUCAUGUGUCGAUCAAUGCUUAGAGUACAUUAGUGGAGCAGACCUAGUGGUAGGAGAGAAGGUAGAGGAGGAGGUAAAGAGUGUAGAUGAAGUCGAAGAAGAGGGGAUUCCUCUAAUCCCCGAUGUGUUAGCGGUUAGUGAUGACACCACCUAA